CAAACCAGUGAGACAUCACCACUGUGAAAAGAGUUUUCUCUGGUUAGGGAACCUGAAACUGCAUGAGAGGACACACACUGGAGAAAAGCCUUUCCAAUGCUCCCAGUGUGGAAAGAGUUUUGCUGUGUUAGCUAACCUGAAGAGGCACGAGAGAAUACACACAGGAGAAAAGCCUUAUCACUGUUCCCAAUGUGGAAUGAGUUUUAAUCAGGAUGGGGACCUAAAAGCUCAUAAGAGGAUACACACAGGAGAAAAGCCUUUCCAAUGUUCCCAGUGUGAAAAGAGUUUUACCAUGUUAAUUAACCUGAAAAGGCAUGAGAGAAUACACACAGGAGAAAAGCAUUUUCUCUGUGAUCAAUGUGGGAAGAGUUUUGUUAGAUCUGGCCAUAUGACAUUACACCAGAGAAUACACACAGGAGAGAAACCUUAUAGCUGUGAUCAAUGUGGGAAGAGUUUUGCUGCAUCUAGCAGUCUGACUCUACACCAGAGAACACACACAGGAGAGAAACCUUUUAGCUGUGGUCAAUGUGGAAAGAGUUUUACCUCAUCUAGCAAUCUGACUCUACACCAGAGAACACACACAGGAGAGAAAUCUUAUAGCUGUAGUCAAUGUGGGAAGACCUUUGCUGCAUCUAGCAGUCUGACUCUACACCAGAGAACACACACAGGAGAGAAACCUUUUAGCUGUGGUCAAUGUGGGAAGAGUUUUGCUGCAUCUAGCAAUCUGACGCAACACCAGAGAACACACACAGGAGAGAAACCUUAUGGCUGUGGUCAAUGUGGGAAGAGUUUUGCUGCAUCUAGCAAUCUGAUUCUACACCAGAGAACACACACAGGAGAGAAACCUUAUAGCUGUGGUCAAUGUGGGAAGAGUUUUGGUCAAUCUGGACAUCUGACUGUACACCAGAGAACACACACAGGAGAGAAGUAUUUUAGCUGUAAGCAAUAUGGGAAAAGUUUUGCUGCAUCUAGCAAUCUGACUCUACACCAGAGAACACACACAGGAGAGAAACCUUAUAGCUGUGGUCAAUGUGGGAAGAGUUUUGGUCAAUCUGGAGAUCUGACAGUGCACCAGAGAAUACACACAGGAGAGAAAUCCUAUAGCUGUGAUCAAUGUGGGAAGAGUUUUGCUGCAUCUAGCAAUCUGACUCUACACCAGAGAACACACACAGGAGAGAAAUCUUAUGGCUGUGGUCAAUGUGGGAAGAGUUUUGGUCAAUCUAGAGAUCUGACAGUGCACCAGAGAAGACACACAGGAGAGAAACCUUAUAGCUGUGAUCAAUGUGGGAAGAGUUUUGGUCAAUCUGGGCAUCUGACUGUACACCAGAGAACACACACAGGAGAGAAGUAUUUUAGCUGUAAGCAAUGUGGGAAGAGUUUUAUUACAUCUAGCAUUCUGAAUCGACACCAGAUAACACACACAGGAGAGAAACCUUAUAGCUGUGGUCAAUGUGGGAAAAGUUUUACUCAGUCAAGCAGUCUGAUACGACACCAGAGAACACACACAGGAGAGAAAGUAGUAGCAGUAUUUUAAUGAUGUCACAAUGUAGAAGCCUAAAUGCUUGCCCCCUUAUCAAUUGAUUUCAGCAUGAUAUGGAUAUUAGCCUCAGGGGGAAAAUCCAGGCUCUGAAAUGGAAGAGUACUAUUUAUGUGAUUGAACAAAAAGUGACUAACAAAAAAAGAGUUGUGUUACACUUACCACGUUGGUGACCCACUGGAAUCAAGAUGCAACACUUCAAAAUUUAGCUAGCUGUUUUCUACAAAUUGUCCUCUAUCCAGGGAUGUACACAUUUCUCCCAGAUUCCAUGUGGUUUUUGAGCUGUUAGUUUUAACAGGACGCGCAACCUCAUCUCCCUCCUCGCUCACAAAUGAUUUUAGCAUGAUAUUGAAGAGUUAUGACAAAUAAGUGUUGUGUUCCUUUGUUUAGCGACCCCUAAAUGUAAAUGCAUCAUUCCAAAUGUAGCUGACUGUCUUCUGCAAGUUGUUUUCUAAUCAGUCGAGGUAAAAGAUAUCUCCCAUUUCCAUGUGUUUUUUUAGUUGUGCUAGUUUCAACAGCACGUACAACUUGAUUUCCACCCUAAUCGAUAUCAGUGAUUUAUUGCUACUUGUCAAAACAACAGCGUUUUUGGUGCUUGUGUACAUGGUGAGGACAACUUGGUUUCUGAUUGUCUCAAGGUUGGGCAGUCAAAAAGUUUUUUGUUUUGCGUUUAGCCAGUGAGUUGCCAUGGAUCUUAUUUUGACUGCACGUUUUUCCAUUUUGGGGAUGAGUUUUGUUUGGGCUCGUUCCAAGUGGAUGAGAGUUCUAGAAGCUAGUGGGGGGGAAAAUGUUUUUUUUUUCUUGUUUUUAAUUGUUGACAGCCAGUAGACACCAUGUUGAUAUUGGUGAAGCAUUGUUGUUGAUUAUAAUGUGAAAUAAAAGUUGUUUUCUGUUGGUGGUAAGCAUUCUCUUAAGGUGUUAGUCUUUGGUUUUUCCAUUUAUAUUUUGAGGUUUGGAUUUUAGCACAUAGCUCGUUAGCACGUAGGGCGCACUGAUUGGUGUCACCUCGUUAGUCAGUAUGUGUUACACCUGUGCUGGCUUGUCCAUCUCAUUAGUGGGAAGGUGUUUCACCUGAGCUGGUCCAGGUGCUAUUUAAGAGUGUCUGGCCCAGUGCUCCAGUUGUCUUGAUAGAUGUGGAGAGCCAACAACUUUGGUUGCGCCACCUUUUUUGGUUUGCGUCCUGUUUUUCUUUUGUUUCUGAUUUAGUGGGUCUCAUUGGUGUCUUUUAGGUCCCAGUUGUUGUUACUAGUCAACUUUCAGUGGACACAGAGCAAAACUGCAAGAUUAUGUUAAAAUACUUUUAUUGCAUCAAAUGGUGGUUUUAUGCAACAGAAUAGAGGGUUCUUAGAACUAUUGUGUCUGUGUGUUCUACUGAUGGGCCUCUGGGAGAUAACACUGACAGGAGAUUUACAA